AUGGCGCGUAAUCUCCGCCCUGCAACAGCUCCCUACAGCGAGCCCCUUCUCCCCCAGCUCGACGUCCGCAAUCCCUACUAUACCGACCUGCAUCACAACCUACGCGCGUGGGUCCGCGAUUACGUUGACACUUCGAUCGCCCCCUACGCACAGGAGUGGGAAACUGCAGGGCAAGUUCCCGAGGAGGUUCGACGACGUCAUUGCGAGCUCGGCUUCGGCAUCGUGCACCCUCUCACGACGGAGGAGCACUCGGCUGGUCUGCCGCUGCCGGGCAAUGUACCCCGUGACAAGUGGGAUACCUGGUGCACGUUGAUUGUCGGGGAUGAGUUGACCCGUGUGGGCUUCGUGGGUGUAAUCUGGGGCCUUGGCGGUGGGAAUAGCAUUGGGUGUCCACCUAUUGCGAGGUUCGGUACGCCGGAGCAGCAGAAGCGAUGGCUUCCCGGUGUUGCGAAGGGUGAUCUUCGAUUCUGUUUAGGAAUUACGGAGCCAGAUGCUGGCUCGGACGUGGCCAAUAUUAAGACCACCGCCAAGCGAGAGGGCGACCACUAUAUCGUCAACGGAGCGAAGAAAUGGAUCACCAAUGGUAUCUGGGCCGACUAUUGCACUGCUGCAGUACGCACUGGCGGUCCCGGACGAUCGGGCAUCAGCUUGCUUGUCAUCCCCCUGAAAGCCGCAGGAGUGACUCGCCGGAAAAUGUUUAACUCGGGUGUCAAUGCGAGCGGCUCAACCUUUAUCGAGCUAGAUGAUGUCCGUGUCCCAGUUGAUCAUCUCAUCGGCGAAGAGAACAAGGGUUUCCCUCUCAUCAUGUCUAACUUCAACCCCGAGCGUCUCUCACUUGCCUGUGCAUCCCUGCGACUCGCUCGCGUCUGCGCCGAAGACGCUUUCAACUACGCCAUACAACGGGAGACAUUCGGAUCCCCCUUGAUCCAGAAACAAGCCAUCCAAGCAAAGAUCUUCAAAUUCGGAUUGAUGAUUGAGCCGGCAUAUGCAUUCAUGGAGCAGCUCGUUAACGUCCUGGAGCUCACCAAGGGCCGACCAGUCGACGAUGUCAAGAUCGGCGGUAUGACCGCCUUGCUGAAGGUCAUGUCUACAAGAGCGCUGGAGAAGAGUGUUCGCGAGGCACAGCAGAUUCUUGGCGGUGCUGGGUAUAAUAAGGCUGGUAAGGGAGCUAGAAUCGAACAGGUUAGUCGUGAUGCUCGGGUACAUGUCGUCGGUGGUGGGAGUGAGGAAAUUAUGAUGGGCCUGGCGCUGCAGGAAGAAACUAAGGCUUUGCGGACAAGACGGAAGGCGCUUGAAAAGAGACAGUCAAAAGUUUAG